GCUGGAGGGAGAGUGAGAGCGGGGCUGCCCUGGAUCAACUGACAGCCGAGGGAUUUACACUUUAAUGGCUGUCAAAGACUCGCGCUGACUACUCGACGUGGAUCUAGUGGAUCUGGUGCUGGUGCCAUGCGCUUGUGCCUCGAUGGAUUGAACUUGCCAGGAGUCCAUAUUUGCCGCGGAGGGAAACCAAUACAAGGUGGAGCGGAGUAUUAUUAGCACUUCAGACAGUGCAACUGUCUCUCGCUGGACGAUUCCAUGGAAGCCCAGUGACUUCUUCGCCACGGGAGAGGGUAUUUUGAGGAAUCGAAUUAGUAGUGGCUGAGGUAAAAAAAAUAUCAGGGUCCCAUGCUUGCUAUAAACAGACUCACGUCUUCAAACCCUCCACCAUGCCCGCCAAGCCACCCAGGAAAGCUGCUCAGAGAAAGAAAGUGCAGAAAGUGAUCAGUACCAAAAACCAAAAGUGCAAUUCGAGUAGACCUAGAGGACGACCUCCAACAAGACUCCGGCAGUCACCAGAGGCGUCGCCGCCACCUAAAAAGCCCUCAGCUCGAGGUCAGGCUCAGCAAGGAAGCAGCCCCAGAGGAAGAGGAGCCGGUAGGCCCAAUGGCCGGGGCCCAGGAAGACCUCCAAGUCGAGGUAACAGUAGUGAAAAGCUUAGACGACAUGGCUCGCUCGAGGACCCCCCUGAGCGAAGGAAGUCCCUGCGAGGCAUCCUGUCUGUCUCUCCCGUAGAAUUGCCCAAAACUUGCAGAGGAGGGAAAAGCUUGAGGGGGGGCCGAGGCAGAGGAGCGGCAUCACACCAAGGUAGCAGGAAACUCCUCAGCAAUAACAACGUUCCACAAGACGAGGAGGAUCAAGAAUCGUCUGAUGAAAACCUCACAGUUUCCCUCAAAACUGAGUUUGACAUCCCAAAUCUGGGUCUUGGAGUCACUAAUGCAAAGGAGCAAAGCCCACUCAAAGCUGAUCUGCCUCCUUGUGAGGACACACUGGAUGACUGUGUGCGGGGCAGCUGCGACAGCACCACGACGGAGCCUGAGAGUAAAACUGAUGCUGCUGGUGUGGUGCAGGAGGAGGUCUUCGACCUCGAUGAUGGAAAGCUCUCAGGGCCCUCCGAAACAAGCGGGGAGGAAAUCGCUGAGGAAGGUGAUCAUGAAAGCAGCGGUCUAAAUCCAGGGGCUGGAAAUGAUUCCAAUGAUUCGGAUAAAACGAUCAACGCCGAGGAAGUGGAGGAGAGCAGGAUCUGUUUGGAGGAUGAGAAGCCUGUUCCAGCGAAGCAGGAGGUAGAGGAGGUGAAGGAGGAUAAGACUGAUGAUGUCAUCAGUCCUGUUCCCUCCCCGCUUCACAUUCCUGCCUCCCAUCCUACGCAGCGCCCACACUGUCACAACACACAGUCAGAAUCCCAAGUAAAGGUGCUACUAGUCUCAAACGAAGCUACCUCAAGUAACACCAAAGCUCCUAACUUCUCAGAGUCUCCAGAAAGGCACCCUGGCACCCAUGGCGCUAAACCACCAUCAUCCGAGUCCGCUCCAGUACUGGGGAAUCCCUCUGUGGCGAGACGUAUGCCGGUUAUCAUACGAAGUGAUAGCUUCAAAGCUCAGACUGAUCUGUGGCGACCGCCCAAACUAGAGAGCCCCAACGACCUUCUUUCACAAGAUCUCGCAUCAAAGAGUCGGACCAAAGACUGUCGCUCUUCUCAAGAGACGUUGGACCCACUUUCACAAGCUUAUCGGCCAAGCAAAGAUGUUCUUAUAGUGGACCAAGAGCCAAUUUUUAACGUCAUUUCAGCCCCCGAGCAGAAUCCAGCACCAAAGAUAUCGACCCCUUCACUGGAUACCAGCUCCACUUUCUCCUGCAGCUCAGAGAGCACUCGCUCUUCUCUUACUUUGGACACCGAAUCUGAGAACGGGGAGCCCAGUGUCUCCUUCCCCACUGGAUCUUCGCAGCUCGGCGAAGCUGGAUUAACCAACUGUGCGAGUCUGAGACCGCAGAAAAGGGAAAGGAAGAAGCGCAACAGGUGUGGGACGUGCAAGCCAUGUAUGAGAAAGGUUAGCUGUGGUCAGUGCAGCUGCUGCCUCAAUCGCAGAACCGGCCACCAAAUCUGCAAACUGAGGAAGUGUGUAGAGCUGAAGAGGAGAAGACCUUCUUCUGAGCUGGCUCUUGCACAGGUGGAUGCUGAAAGUGGGCCAGUAAAUGGCAAAGACAGGACCCAGAUGGAUGACACCCACACGGCAGCAGAGGAGGACGAGGGGGAGGAUGGCCACAUACCUCAUCCAAAAGCAUCCCCCAUCCACCGCUCCGUCACAGACAGCCCGGCCCCUGUGCGAGGCGGGCAGCAUGCUCUUAUUAAAAGAGAGCUUGGGCUGCAGCAAACCAGUGAUGCACUUCACCAACACGUGUGCUCUUCGGUGAACUUUCAGAAUGGUUCCACUGACAACUUGAGAAAAUCUAAUGGUGCUAUUGUGACCAGCGGGUCACACAUUGAUCUGCAGUCUGCAUAUCAAAGGACUACUAUGGCAUCAGGGCCUCAGAGGACUAUAAUAACUUCCAUCCCGAAGGGCCAGUCUGAAAAUGGACCCACAACACUUGCAGAUGACACACCAGUUCCACUUAAAAGGAUCAAGCUUGAGGAGCCCUGGUUGUGGGACAAUGGACAGACGGCCACACAGCUGAGUGACGAUGACGAGGUCUGUGAAGACCCGCUGUCAACGCUGGCAGCUGUGGUGUGUCUUUCUGUCACCGAGAGAAAAGGACUUGAGGAGAAACUUUUCAGCUCACGAUCGUCAAUUCUUUGCUCCAUAAAAACUGAACAACCAGAUUUGCACUUUGUCAAGAAGGAGCGCGAAGAUUCGAAGAGGGAUUUGUGUGAGAAAGGCCCCGCUGUCCACCCACAAAAGACUCCCCACACUAUCAAAAGGGAACCACCUGCAAAUGUCUUUUUACCAAGUGUGCAGUCGUUGGCUGAGAGAAGGAAUCUUAGUUUUGAUCAGGCUAUUGCGAUUGAGGCCUUAACUCAACUGGCAGCUAUACCUCAAGGAAACCAAGUGCCCAUUAAAAUCGAAAGUAAGCGUGAGCAGCCCUUUUCAUCAAAGCUUACACCCCAACAAGAAGCCAAAACCACAGACCCCACUCGCUUCAACAAAGUCUCCGUCAUCAGCUCCCCGCGUCACCAGACAUCGGUGAUCUGCCCUCCUGUGGGCAGACAAGGCAAUGUCAUCCAGCGUUCCCCGGUGACUGGGCCCAGCGGCGACAGGACACCAACCAGGAGGCCGGAGCCAAACUUUGGAUCUCAGUACAUCAAAUCAGAGGGCAGCUACGAAGAUCCAAAUGGAUUUAGAUACAACCCCGAUCAGAAGCAGCUCUUUUGUGAGGACAGCCAGCGGGUUUUUAGUAAAGUGAGGAGAAACCGGGAUGAAGAAGAGGUGGCAGCGCAGUUGGCCGACCUGGCUUUCAUAAUCCAGGCUCGACAGCAUUCAGACAACAAUCCAAUCCAAAAAUCCUCACCUGUCUCGGCCAUCAAAUACAACCAUCAUUUACAAGUGCCCCUCGGUCAGAAGAAGACCCCAAUAAAGAAAGCAAAAACGACCCCUUCCAAGCCCAGAAAGAAGAAGACAAAUGAGGACAACCGCAGGACCCCACUUUCAAAGCGCACAGCACAAGGAGACCAGACCCAUAAGGGUAAAGGUCAGAAGACCCUGCUUCAAGGGAAACCAGGGAAUCCCCACAAAAGAAACUUAUUUUUACCUCAGGCCCAGAUCGACCUGAAGAGAUACAUGGCAGAAGCUCAGGAGAAACAGCGGCAAUACACGCAGCUCUUUAACCCAAACAAUCCCAUGCAGACUCAAAAUGGCAGCACUUUUACAGUCUGUGCACAGGGACCGCCCUUUUCCCAGGGGCCACUCCACCAGCACCCGUGCAACGGUCACGUCGUCCAACCGGGACAGGAAGCGCCGUCCCAGGUGUCUCAUCUCAACCCCACCGACGCCGCCUCGCCUGCCAUGACCAACGGAUUCUCAUCGCACCACAAGUCUACUCCUCCGACUCAGCAAGGCUACUACAAACUGGAGAGGUCAGGGCAGAUCACCAUCCUAUCCACGUCGGCUGAUGGCGACCGGGGCCACUCAGCAGAGUCCACCCCAUCUAAGAGCAGCAUUAACAGCUUUUUGGAGUCGCCAAUGGCUUUUCUGGACACGCCUACGAAGAAUCUGCUGAACACGCCCUCCAAAAAAUUGUCUGACCUUCCAUCCUGUCAGUGUGUCGACCAGAUCAUUGAAAAGGAGGAAGGCCCGUACUACACUCACCUUGGAGCAGGACCAAGCGUCGCUGCAGUCAGGGAGCUGAUGGAAAACAGAUAUGGUGCCAAAGGAAAAGCCGUCCGACUGGAGGUUGUGAUUUACACUGGAAAAGAAGGACGGAGCUCCCAGGGCUGCCCGAUAGCUAAAUGGGUGAUCCGGCGAGGCAGCGAGGAGGAGAAGCUCCUGUGUUUGGUCCGUCAGAGGCCGGGGCACCACUGUGACACUGCUGUCUUGGUCAUCCUCAUCCUGGCCUGGGAGGGGAUCCCGCGGCCGGUGGCUGAUCAUCUCUACCGGGAUCUCACUGAGACCCUGUAUAAAUACGGCUCCCCCACCAGCCGCCGCUGCGCCCUCAACGAAGAUCGUACGUGUGCGUGUCAAGGACUGGACCCCGACACCUGUGGGGCUUCAUUUUCCUUCGGCUGCUCCUGGAGUAUGUACUUCAACGGUUGCAAGUUUGCUCGCAGCAAAGUGCCCCGAAAGUUCCGCCUGCUUGGAGAUUACUCUGAGGAGGAGGAGAAAGUGGAGCGCAACCUUCAAAGUCUGGCCACUGACCUUGCCCCGCUCUACAAGAGUUUGGCACCUGAGGCUUUUCAGAACCAGGUGGAGAAUGAGGAGGCAGGUGGAAGCUGUCGGCUGGGAUGGAAGGAGGGCCGCCCGUUUUCUGGAGUCACAGCGUGUGUGGACUUCUGCGCUCACGCUCACAAGGAUACUCACAACAUGAACAACGGCAGCACUGUGGUUUGCACUUUAACCAAGGAGGACAACCGUGCGGUCCGAAAUAUACCAGAGGACGAGCAGCUCCACGUUCUUCCACUGUACAAGAUCUGUGAGAGGGAUGAGUUUGGCCAGGUUGAGGGCCAGUGGGCCAAAAUCCAGAGUGGAGCGUUGCAGGUUCUAUCUGCGUUUCCACGAGAGGUCCGUCUUCUGGCCGAACCAGUCAAAUCUGCUCGCAAGAUCAGACAGGAAGCUCGGCUGAAAGCUCAGGCAGAGAAGCUGGAGAAGAAGCUCGGCCUGGCUCCCCUCACGCCUGCGAAACUGAAGAGUGAAACCCCAAACAAAGCUGAUCCACAGGGCUUGUUCAACUCCUACAAAGUACCACCACGACCAGCCAGCACUGGAAAGUACCCAGCAAGCACUUACAGCCAGAGCACCAGCAGCUAUCCCACCGCGGGUGCCGGGGUCACCCCACAGAGGGACGUCCUCCCCUCGCACCACCACAGUCUGGCCGGCCUCCAGUACGGUCAGAACGGCUCAGCACACGUUUAUAAGACUGAGCCCUUCAAUGGUUAUUUAUCAGCACCCAGUGGGAACCCAUCAGAACAUUUACCUCCACACGUGGCCGUUGGGGACUACCCACGUUCUUUCAAAACUGAGCCUACCGAGGUGCACUACUCUCCACAGCGGAGACCCUCCCCAAAUGCUCCUCUUCCCUCCUCCUUUUCCCCCAGGCCCACUUCUGAGGGCCUUUUCAGCAGGCUCAACGGACUCCACAGGGUUGCUGGAGAUGGCGGGCCAGAGGUCCAAGGCCAGAGUCCGCUCUCAUCCCUCCCUCAAUUACCUGAACCAGAGGAGGUCAAGCAGGAGGAGGUUUGGUCUGACAGCGAGCACAACUUCUUGGACCACGAAAUCGGAGGGGUGGCUGUGGCGCCGUCGCACGGUUCGAUCCUGAUAGAGUGCGCGCGGCGGGAGCUGCACGCCACCACCCCCAUCCUCAGGCCCAACCGCCGACAUCCCACGCGCAUCUCCCUGGUCUUCUACCAGCACAAGUCCCUGAACGAGCCAGGACACGGGAUGGCGAUGUGGGAUGCCAAAAUGGCGAAGCGGGAGCGAGACAAGGAGGAGGAGGCGGAGAGAUUAAGGAUGGAGAAUGGCCAGGGGACAGGAGAAAACGGCAAGGGAGGCGAGAAAGAGCAGGAGACUGGGGAGGAAGAGGAGCAAGUACGAAUGACCAAUGUCCCAACUCGGCAGGCGUGGACCUUAUCGAGGGACGGAGUCAUCACUGCGUCCCCGUAUGCUCUGACUCAAGUGACGGGUCCAUACAACCGCUGGGCUUAGUUACAAAAAAAAAUCCUAAUAUUCUUUGGCCUUACCUCAAUCAAACUGCUAACCUCAUUUUUACUUUAACCUUUUUAAUCUUUUCUAGAAAAAUCUGUUUGUCCUCCUUCAUCUCUGCCGUGAAGUGAUGAGGGAGACCAAACCUUAUUUUUAACUGUGAGUUUUGGUGUUGGUUUUCAUUGUAAAGAGAUGCUUUGAAGGGUUUUUUUUUUCUUUUUCAAAGGACAUUUUAACUGGCUUUUUAUAUCCAUGAUGGAGAACAAAAAGAAAAGAUGUGAUUAUUUAUUCUGAUCAUGACGAUUUCUAUUUAAUUCCUGGUGUAAAGCCUGUUUACUGCAAGAUUUCUAUGACAACAUGUGGAGGAUUUUAUUGUACAGUCAGUUGAUGCUCUUCAUUUCUCUUUGGAUUCAACCGUUUGCUUUUUACAUUGGUGCCAUCAUCACUGUAUCAUUUGUUGAGCAAACCUAGAAGAGUCGACUAGUAUCAUGCUUUUGUAUUAAACUAUACAGAAGCAUGUAUAUACGUAUACAUAUUGUCUCAUGUAGCAUUAAGCGUUUCCCUCUGCAGUUAACCAGACAAUGACGUGUGGUUUGUUGUUUUGCUUGUUUUUUUUUUUCUCUGUGGCAUAUUAAGAAGCACUUUUUUUAUUUUUCUAAACUUAACUUGAACACGGCCCAAAUUCUUCGGCCUGAUUCUGUACAGUAUGUACAGACAGAGAUAUUAUAUAACACUUGGAGCCCAUUCUACAGUAUUUCUCUUUGAUUUGUAAGAUCAUUCAUUCAUUCAUCCUUCACCAUGAAGUCAGCAGGGAUUAGCUUCAUCCCAUCAUCUGGUCUUUUGAUCCUGAAAUGACCCUUUAAUUGAAAACAGUACAUUUAUUCAAGAACACUUCCUGCAUUUCUACUGGUGCUAAUGUGACACAUAGCUGACCUUGGUUUCUGCCUGAACCACUCAUUCGAUCUCACCAAACUUCCCAGACAGCUCUUGGUGCUGAAGCCUUAUCAAGACUUUGUUUACAGAGGCUGUCUCCAGCGUUUACUGUUUUCAUAUUGGUAAAUUCAUGAGAUACAACACAUGGAUGAGCACUGGUGCGUUUCUCCGUGUCACCCUCUGUGUUUAACAUUUUAUGCAUUUGGUGCUUUUUGAUGUCAAAGUUCAUGAUCUCAACCUCAAAUUUGUACUGAAAUUUGGUGCUUUUUCAAACUCUCACUGGUCUUGUGUGUAACUCGACAUAUUGUUGCCUCUUCUACUAAGUAAUACUGUGCGACAACAAAUGUAUUUUUACCAAUAAUGUUUUGGUUCUAAACGUCUUCCACAGGUCUCCAGACCCCCCUGCUGUUCUCAAAUGGUCAAUGGAAACACAACCCGACACUAUAACAAUGACAUGAAUGUAAACAUUUGAUUUGAAAAGAAAAGAAAAAGACUUGUUUAAUUGUCUUUCUAUCAACCAGGAGCUAACAACCACCAGCAGCAUUAAACAAAUAUAUUAAGAACCUCUGUAAAUAUGUAUGUGAACUUUUUACUGUAUGGUGUUUUAGAUAAUGAUGAUCUUGCCUAUUUUAAAUUACUGUAUGUCACUGAAAGUGUGUUUAGAUUCAAGGAGAGACUUAAUGUGGCAUUCCUUUAAAGGGGGGAUGAUCUUUGCGAAUUGUGAAAUAAAGUCAUAUUUAUA